AUGGAUGUAUCUAAGACCGUUGCUGAGCAGCCAGGUCAAGCUUCAAUAAUCUACGGGAAGCAAGACAUUACAUUGUUCUCUGUCGUGGUCCAGAUCCUGCUCAACUUUGGGGCUAGAACAGACGUCUGCAGAGACAACAUCUACACCCCGUUUUAUACGGCGGUCGGCCAUGGAAACAAAGAAGUCGUUCACAUUCUCGCCACCAGAGAUCCAUCAUUGAUUGAAGCAAAACAACCGAUGAGACCAAUCUAUCUCGCCUCCAUUCUCGCGGCAUGGAGUGGCGUGGAGGUCUUAUUAGAACAUGGGGCGUGUCCCAACGGAGGGUUACAGAGUGGCCAGACUGAGGGCGAGUGGGCGCCACUGGUCGCGGCUGUGGAGUCCGGUUACACCAAGUCCGUCCGGUUACUGCUGGACGGCGGUGCCGAUCCAAACAUGACCGGCCCAUCGGGCCAGGAUACACCUUUGUGGUUUGCAUGCAUUCGGGCUGCGAGUGUGGAGUGUGUACAACUGUUGUUAGAUCAUAGGGCAGAUCCAAAUGACCCGGCGAUUGUGCCCCCGCUGUUGAUCGAGAUGAUGAACUCGGACACAUCCCCUGAUGCUGUUUCUUUAGCCAUCCUCGAACUCCUGUCGACGAGCUCGGUGCCAUUGCAGAUCAACGUGAAGGAUCCAUAUAGCGGCGUAACCCCCUUGAUGAUCGCGGCUCGCCAGGGGAAAACGGGCCUGGUGCGAUGGCUUUUGGCGAAAGGCGCAGAUUUUAGCUUGCUCGAUAACCAUAAUUGCAGUGCACUCUGGUAUGCCAUCAAGAAGGGGGUCUUGAAGGGGGUCCAGGAGAUCAUCCAGCGGGACCCGCCCCUUGACAUUCUUACAAAAGAUGGGGCAACCUUGCUCGAGGCAGCUCUGGAGAACACUGCUAUUCUGGAACUUCUUCUCGAUUCCGGGGCCCCAGUCAAUCUUCGCAACGGAGACUCCCUGUCUGCAAUCAACGUGGCGGUUGUGCAACAGAACGUGGAGGCCGUCAAGUUGCUUCUGAAGCGGCAGCCAGAUCUAGAGUAUCGUGACACAGCCGGCUGGACACCCAUCCUGGAUGCAGUAGGAUGUGUUGGUAACGCUGAGAUUACUCGUCUUCUGGCAGAAGGCGGAGCCAACCUGCAGAGCACCAACCGGUCCGGUCACGGUGUGCUUCACUUUGCGAUGAGCCAAGAUCCUAGCAUCCUCCAAGUGUUACUGGAGUUUCGAAAGUCCAUUGAUCUCGAGAUGCGUGAUCAGGACGGCAAUACUCCACUUCUAUUGGGGCGUGAUGACCAUCUUGUAAACAUCCGACUACUUUUACGUGCCGGGGCCGACAUCAAUGCCCAGAACCGCAACAAGAUCUCAUCCCUGAUGAGCGCCGUGAUCUCUCGUCAACGGGAAACGGUCGACCUCCUCUUGAAACAGCCUGAUGUAGAUGUCAACACCACUUGCCCUUCCAUGGGGACCGCCUUGGUUCUUGCCUGUCGCCGAUUGGACGUGGAGCUGGUGGUCCGGCUGAUCGCUGCAGAUGCGGACUUGGAAGCGUCUGGUCCACUCACCACCCCGUUGAUGGCUGCCUGCUUUCCCUAUAGCAUCUAUGGUUCCGGGGAAAUGGAGAGUAGUCACCAAAUCCUAGCUCAUCUGUUGUCCCACGGGGCCAAUAUUGCUACCACUCACCCUUCCAUCUUUUUCAACGUCCUCUCCGUAGCCUGCCUCGCUGCCACUCCCAGGACGAUCAACUACCUACUAGACAAGGGCGCCUGGACGCAGAUUAAAGACCCUCUGGGCCGUCUACCUAUUCAUUUUGCCGCAGCCAACGGCCUAGGGAAUUUUCAGGUCACCAUGUUGGCCACCGAGGAGAUGGACGUGAUGGCUGCCGAUCAGAUGGGCAAGAAUGCGCUGCAUUGGGCCGCCCAAUUUGGCCAUGCCCAAACCAUCCAUGAAAUUUUGUGCUGGGUCGACCAGCACUCGCAGCAGAAACGAGACAUGUACGUCAACCAACCGGACCAGGAUGGCUGGACACCGCUGUGCUGGGCGGCACGUCCGUUUAGCGGGGGCUGGGCAGCUCAUAUGCAGACCGAACCCCGGGAUUAUCUGGAGACAAUCCGCCUCUUACUCCAAAACGGAGCAGAUCGCACCUGGGAAUGCUCCAUGGGUAUCGGAUCCACGGCAGAGAGACUAACGCCGCUGAAAUUAGCGGAUAGAUGCGAUGCUGACGACGAAAUCCUGCAGCUUCUCCGUUGCCCCCCCCCCCCCCCCCCCGAGCACGAGGAGGUUGCAAAUGAUGACCACCAUCAUCCCCAGCGGAAAUACACUUCUCUACGCUCCGUCACUUGUGAUAUUUGCCUCAUUGUAAGUGCAACCCCGGUCAUCUGUCAUUCCGAGUUUUUCUUACCACUGGUCCUUUCCCGUGACUUGUAG